GUAGUGGCUCUAAUCCUUUCCAGCAUUUGGAGAAGAGUGCUGUGCUUCAGGAGGCACGUAUCUUUAAUGAGACCCCUAUAAAUCCACGAAGAUGCCUGCACAUCCUUACCAAGAUCCUUUACUUGCUGAACCAGGGUGAACACUUUGGAACCACAGAAGCCACAGAAGCUUUUUUUGCAAUGACCAGGUUAUUUCAGUCUAACGAUCAAACCCUUAGAAGAAUGUGUUACCUUACUAUCAAAGAGAUGGCCAAUAUUUCUGAGGACGUCAUAAUUGUCACAAGCAGUUUGACCAAAGACAUGACAGGGAAGGAAGACGUAUACCGAGGCCCAGCCAUCAGAGCACUCUGCAGGAUCACUGAUGGUACGAUGUUACAGGCCAUUGAGAGGUACAUGAAGCAGGCCAUUGUGGACAAAGUUCCCAGUGUGUCUAGUUCUGCACUGGUGUCUUCCUUACAUAUGAUGAAGAUCAGUUACGACGUAGUCAAGCGGUGGAUCAACGAAGCUCAAGAAGCAGCUUCUAGUGACAACAUCAUGGUGCAGUAUCAUGCUUUGGGGCUGCUCUAUCACCUUAGAAAAAAUGAUCGCCUCGCGGUUUCCAAGAUGUUAAAUAAGUUCACUAAAUCCGGACUGAAAUCCCAGUUUGCGUACUGCAUGCUGAUCCGAAUUGCCAGCAAACUCUUGAAGGAAUCUGAAGAAGGCCAUGAAAGCCCACUGUUUGACUUCAUUGAGAGCUGCCUGCGGAAUAAGCACGAAAUGGUUAUUUACGAAGCUGCUUCUGCAAUCAUCCAUCUCCCAAACUGCACAGCCAGGGAGCUGGCUCCGGCUGUUUCAGUGUUGCAGCUUUUCUGUAGUUCUCCCAAACCUGUCUUGAGAUACGCAGCUGUACGGACCCUUAAUAAAGUGGCCAUGAAGCAUCCAUCUGCAGUCACUGCCUGCAACCUGGACCUGGAAAACCUCAUCACUGACUCCAACCGCAGUAUCGCUACCCUCGCCAUCACCACCCUGCUGAAGACAGGCAGUGAGAGCAGUGUAGACAGGCUCAUGAAACAGAUCUCUUCCUUCGUGUCAGAAAUAUCAGAUGAGUUUAAGGUAGUGGUAGUACAGGCGAUCAGUGCUUUGUGCCAGAAGUACCCUCGGAAACACAGCGUCAUGAUGACCUUCCUCUCCAAUAUGCUCAGAGAUGACGGUGGCUUUGAAUACAAGCGAGCCAUUGUGGACUGUAUAAUCAGCAUCAUUGAGGAGAAUCCCGAGAGUAAGGAAUCGGGCUUGGCUCACCUCUGCGAGUUCAUUGAGGACUGCGAACACACUGUCCUAGCCACAAAGAUCCUGCAUCUGCUGGGGAAAGAGGGGCCAAGGACUCCGUCCCCAUCCAAGUACAUCCGCUUCAUAUUCAACAGGGUGGUGCUGGAGAACGAGGCCGUGAGGGCUGCUGCUGUAAGCGCGCUAGCAAAGUUUGGUGCCCAGAAUGAGAAUCUUCUUCCCAGCAUCCUGGUGCUUUUGCAGAGGUGA